AUGUUCAGAUUUGAGAAAGAUGAACUCUUUCGUUUGAAGUCUGCUCUGAAAAUUCCGCAUAAAAUUGUAGGUCCAAACAAGACUGUGGCAACUGGAGUGGAAGGUGUAUGCGUCCUACUGAGAAGGCUGGUUUAUCCAAAUCGCCUGGAUGAUUUGAUACAUAUAUUUGGUCGUUCAAGAAGUGUACUCAGCAUAAUAUUCAACACUGUUCUUAAUCAUAUUUACGAUAAUUUUGGACAUUUGCUGCAGUCUCUGGACAAGUACUGGUUACAACCUGAAUCUUUGCAGUUAUUUUGCAAUGCGAUUCAUGAACGUGAUUCUCCACUCACCAACUGUUGGGGAUUUAUAGAUGGUACAGCACGACCUAUAUCAAGACCAAUACAUUACCAGAAACAGGUCUUCAGUGGACAUAAACGAAUACAUGCCAUGAAAUUUCAAUCCAUAAUUGCCCCUAAUGGGUUGAUAGCUCACAUGUUUGGGCCAUUUGAAGGUAGACGACAUGAUGCUGCCAUGUUGGCAGAAAGUGGUUUAUUGGAACAACUUCAACAGCUGAACGCCCCAAAUGGUGACCCAUACAGUGUGUACGGUGACCCAGCCUACCCUUUGCGACCACAUUUACUAUGUCCAUUUAAGGGUGCUCUUCUCUCUCCUGAAGAGAGAGAGUUUAACAAAAAGAUGAGUUGA